AACUUUUGUCUGUAGAAGGGAGAUUUAAGUUCUCCAAGUUCAAUCUUAACUGCUCAUCUUAGGUCUUGCAUGACCUUCCUUUCCUUCUGAAAUCACUAACCAAUAUCAGUGUGAUCUAAGUAACUUGAGUAGUUUCUCUAUUCUAAUUAUGUUGUUAUAUGAUGUGGCUUCUGGUGAAAAGAAAUGUCUGAAGCAUCAAGCUCUUGGGCCUUAUGAUUAAUACGAAUUAGUGAGGUAAAGCACGUGUUUGGAAGCACAUGGUUCAUUGAGUGACAUGACUUUCUCAUUGUUUGUUUUCAAGUGGGUGUUUGCAGAGUGCUCCUAUUGGAAAUCACAGAGGGAAGAAAAAUCUUGUCCUGUCUGCGUGGGGGGAUGAAUCGUUGCUGUCUGAUGACUGUGUAAAUCCAUAUUAUGAUCCAAGUAGCUAUCAAACAUACAGUGAGCAAACUCAACAAAACCUGAGAAGAAUGAAUGAAGAUGUUAUAGAUUAUGAUCUUCUCGAAGACCUUGUAUGUCAAAUUUAUGAUACUUACCCUGAGGGUUCAAUACUGGUUUUUUUACCUGGUGUUGCAGAAAUUCAUAUGCUGCUUGAUAGACUUAGCGCCUCAUAUCGGUUUGGGGGAGAGUCUUCUGAAUGGCUUCUUCCUUUGCACUCAUCAAUAGCAUCUGAGGAUCAGAAGAAGGUGUUUCUAAGACCUCCUGAGAGCAUUCGUAAGGUUAUUAUUGCAACAAAUAUUGCAGAGACUAGUAUAACAAUAGAUGAUGUGGUUUAUGUGGUAGAUUGUGGAAAGCAUAAGGAAAAUCGCUUUAAUCCAAAAAAGAAAUUAUCAAGCAUGGUUGAAGAUUGGAUAUCACAAGCAAAUGCAAGGCAACGCAGAGGAAGAGCCGGACGUGUAAAGGCAGGAAUAUGCUUCUGUCUGUAUACACGCCAUCGAUAUGAAAAGCUCAUGCGACCUUAUCAGAUACCUGAGAUGCUGCGGAUGCCUUUGGUCGAACUAUGUUUACAAAUCAAGUUGCUUUCUCUAGGCAGCAUAAAUAUGUUCUUAUCCAAGGCCCUAGAGCCUCCAAAGGAAGAGGCGAUCUCAUCAGCAAUUUCUUUGUUAUAUGAGGUGGGAGCAAUUGAAGGAGAUGAAGAGUUGACUCCUCUUGGGUAUCAUUUAGCAAAACUCCCCGUUGAUGUGCUGAUUGGAAAGAUGAUGUUGUAUGGCACUAUAUUUGGUUGUUUAUCACCAAUUCUCUCUAUUUCAGCUUUUUUGAGCUACAAAUCUCCAUUUGUUUACCCAAAAGAUGAGAGGCAAACUGUUGAAAGAGCCAAGCUGGCUCUUUUGGGUGAGAAACUUAGUGGCAAAACUGAUUCUUCUUAUGACAACUUGCAAUCUGACCAUCUGCUAAUGAUGGUUGCAUAUAAGAAAUGGGAGAAAGUUUUGCAUGAGAAUGGAGCUAAAGCAGCACAGAGAUUCUGCAGCUUAUAUUUCUUAAGCAAUUCAGUUAUGUACAUGAUAAGAGACAUGAGAGUACAAUUUGGAACAUUGCUAGCUGACAUUGGACUCAUUGAAAUGCCCAAUACUUUCCAGAUCUCAUGGAAAAGGAAAGAAAAACUUGAUAGUUGGCUCUCAGAUACAUUGCAACCGUUUAACGUGCAUGCAAAUCACAAUUUAAUUCUAAAGGCUAUACUUUGUGCUGGUCUAUAUCCCAAUGUAGCUGCGACAGUAGAUGGCAUUGCUUCAUCUGUUCUUGGAUCCAUAGCCCAGUAUACUGGGCCCAAAUCAAAGAGUCAGCCGAUGUGGUUUGAUGGAAAAAGAGAAGCUCACAUUCACCCUUCUUCAAUCAACUCUAAUUUGAAAGCUCUACAAUAUCCAUUUCUUGUCUUCCUCGAAAAGGUAGCGACGAAUAAAGUUUUCCUGCGGGAUACUACCAUAGUCUCCCCUUAUUCCAUUUUGCUGUUUGGUGGUUCAAUAAAUGUACAACAUCAGGGUGGAAUAAUCACCAUUGAUGGAUGGUUAAAAGUUAGGGCCGCUGCACAAACUGCUGUGCUCUUCAAAGAACUGCAGCUAACUCUACGUGACAUUCUCAAGGACCUUAUUCAGAACCCACGGAGUGCAAGCACCAAGGCGAAAGAAGUUAUCAGCUCCAUAAUACAAUUGCUGUUGGAAGAAGAUAAACCAUCAAAAUGACUGUUCCAACCUUGUGUGUCCAUUGAAGGAUCAUUAUGAGUUAAUUAUGCUUGUCAGCCUUGAGCUCCAGGAUGGACUUUUAACCAUGCCAAACACAAGCCAAAUACACUACCUUGUAUUCAUUAGUGUUUUAUUUCACGAAAAAAAUAAUUAUCUGAUAUAGUCAAAAAAACAAAAGUGAAAUGCUUGCUAGAAUGGCUCCGUCUGUGUAUAACAAUUUACUAAUUGGUCAAAUAACAUUCUUUUGGGAUA